GUAGAUUGGAUCACAGGUCACAGAAAGCAUUUUGUAAGAAUCAUGAAGUUCAUUGUGCUGUUAGUUGUUGCUGUUGUUGUUGUUGUUGAACCAUGUCUUGGUAUUGAUACUGUUCMUGCGCUGAACAUCACACGAUAUCUUGGACGAUGGUAUCAGAUGUAUGGAGAUAAGAUCGUUAUGUCAACGUUUGAGAAAAAUGGUGUAUGCAUCACAGCAGACUAUACUGUCAGGAAAGAUGAGAAGAUUGGAGUGUUAAACAGCCAACGAAUCAAAACCCCGACUGGUAACCUGAGCCAGAUCACUGGGUACGCUUAUGUACCAGACCCAAAGGAACCUGGCAAGCUAAAGGUCCACUUUGAUGUUUCCCCUGUAGAUGGUGACUAUUGGGUUAUUAAGCUUGGUCCCCAGUCCUUUGGGGAAGAUAAAAAGUACCAGUACUCCGUCGUAACAGACAGAUUAGGUUUGACAUUGUUCGUGUUGGCCAGAGAUCCACAAGCAUUCAAGAAUGAUUACGACAAAGAAGUCAUAACAUUUUUGAAUGAAAAGGGUUUUGACCAUUUCUGGGACAAACCCAUUGCGAUUUUGCAAAGCAACAAAUGUCAAUACGCACACCAAAAAACAAGCUUGUAUAAGACAACUGAAGAAUACAUGGCAGAGAUUUAGAUUAAAAAAAACAAGCUUGUAUCAGACAACUGAAGAAUACAUGGCAGAGAUUUAGAUAAAAAAAAACAAGCUUGUAUCAGACAACUGAAGAAUACAUGGCAGAGAUUUAGAUAAAAAAA